AUGCCUUACUGCGUUUCGAAUCUCGGAAUCUUACUUGGUCGAAUACCGAUUCACAGAAUCCUAGCAGUGUUUCUCACAACAGUGCUCAUAGUCAAUCGAUAUUUCGCAUGGUCUCGCCUUCGCCAUAUUCCUGGACCAGGAUUGGCACCAUUCUCAAACUUAUGGAAGAUAAAAUCAGCAUUAACUGACAGAAUGCCAGAAGCGUUGAAUGAUGUGUGCGAAACAUAUGUCUGGAAGGUUCAUUGGCACGUACUGGACCAAAUGAUCUUGUUUAUAGACUCUGAUUUCAUUCGACGGAUGGAUACUGCAAAGUUAGGAUAUCGUCGAUCGAGAUUUUAUAGUUUUUUCGUUUUCGAUCCUGAUCAAGAUACCAUGUUAUCGACUACAGAUGAGAAAAUUCAUGCCGACCUGAAAGUGAAGACUGCUGCGGGCCGAAAAUAUCUUUCAACACCAACCAAUUUCCGACCCUUUGACUUUGAUAAGAAGAUUCAACACUUUACAUUGGAUGCAAUUACAGAUGUGGCUUUUGGGACGCCUUUUGAAUGUAUUGCUCAAGAUGACGAUAUAUAUGAUUACAUCAAGACUGUUGAACAAUUACUACCGGCUGCUGUAGUUACAGGAGUCUUGCCGUGGUUGUUAACUCUAUCGCGAAGCUUUAUCUUCAAGCCAUUUAUACCAACAGAAAAAGAUAAGCUCGGUUUUGGAAAAAUGAUUCAAGUUGCGAAAGAUCUUGUUGCAAAGCGAUUGGGAGAAUCAAAAGAGGUUCAAAAUGGUAUCAUAUGCUUGCUUCUUUCAUUGCCCACGAGCUCACUCAAGAAGAAGCUAAUUCCGAGACCGUGCUUCAAGUGUUUGUCUCAACGAUCUUCUUUUCAUUUUCUGGGACCCGGAAAGCUAAUGGGGGAUGAAAUCGCUGGUACGGAUACGACUGCCACAGCAAUUCGAGCCCUGUUACUUUACAUUACAACUUCUCCAACUUGCUACACGGCCUUGCAAGCUGCUAUCGAUGAAGACUUCAGAAUGGCGAAAUCAAAAGCCAUUCCUUAUUUACAAGCAGUCAUCAAGGAAGGGCUCCGGAAGUUUCCUGUAAUCGCUGGACUUCUACCUAGAACGGUACCUGAAGGCGGCGAUAUUAUAAAUGGCUUUAGUAUUCCAGCUGGAACAGAGGUUUCACUUAGUUUGAUUUCUACUGCACAUUCGAAAGCCACGUUUGGGCCAGAUGCCCAUAUUUUCAGGCCAGAAAGAUGGUUCGAAUGUGAUGACACUGAUAAACUUAUAAAAAUGACUCUUGCAGCCGAUUUGGUAUUUGGAUCUGCUAAAUGGUACUGUUCUAGGAAUAAUAUAGCCAUGAUGGGAAUAGGAAAGAUCAUUGUGGAAGCAAGUUUCUUUGACCCGCUCAUUCUUCUCGCCAUGCAACAGUCUCCCAAAUCCCCAGAUAAUCCCCUGCACAAUCAAAAUCGAAACUCAUCCUUUCACUCCCUCCUAAACCUCGCGUCUCUGAGUCCUUUACGCACAUUUCUAGCUCGCGCUCCCAUUUCAUCAAAUAGUUCAUCCGCUUCCUCAACCAGCACACCAGCCCCUCGUAUUCCUCAAAUCCACCCUGGCGAGUAUGAGACCUACAAGUCCGUCAACAAACUCCUUUCGACAUUCAACUCUCGCUCCAUCGCCAAAGCCCGUCGAGCAAAUGCCAAAGCCAAGGCCCAGCUUCUUCAUAAUGAAGAGGAAGAUACAUAUCGUAGUAUUCACUGCGGAGAUCAAAUCUGUUGUUUUUCUUCGCCUUAUUCAUUUUAUCGCACACGUUCAAAAUUAUCCUCAUCUAAUACGCGAUCUAAGUAUCACCAAUCACAAUCUCGAUCUCGAUCCGUUUCGAAUCCAAAUUUACGGCUCGCGAGUUUGAAAGGCGAUGGAGAAACCUUAGCCCCUUCUAUUUCUUCAAUAUCCCUACAUCCUUUUCGCAGACCCCUUACUAUUACCGGAAGUUCGAAACGGUCGAUUUUCCUCUUUUCAGGAAGUCCACCACCAUCGGAAAAAUCGCUACGGCCUUUGUAUGAAUAUCCUGAGCCGGUUGGAUCGAGAAGUUCUAGUUGGUUGAAUGGACAGCUAGGUAUGGACGUGGAGAGAUCGAAGAGCAUUAGUUGGACUGCGGAUAUGCCGGUCAAUCGUCGAAGAAGCGACAGCCAGAAUUAUCGACCGAGUAGCUUAUCUCUAUUUUCAUGGACGGCAGAAGACGUAGAAUUGGGGUUAACGGAAGAAAAUAUGCCAGUAAAAGAGAAAGGAGAAAUAGAGAUUGCUUAUGAAUGGGAUGGAGCUUUUGGAUGGACACAAGCUUGUAAGGAAUGUGGGAGAGAAAGAUGUGUCAAAUGCUCAGGGGUUGUGUUUGAACAGAUUGUUGAAGAGGGAGAGACCGUCACUGGGAAGGAAGGGAUGUUUAAUAUUUGUACGCCAAUGGCAUGGAGGAGAAACAGACGGCCAACUAUGCCACCUAGAGCUGGGCAAAUCAAGCAAGUCUAUGAGGACUGUUACCUUCUUACUAUGUAG